AUGGCAGUAGUGCUAAUUGUUCAUUGGAUGAGCUUUUUUGCAGUUUAUCAACUAAUAACGCGGCGACGUUUUGAGCAAAUGGCAGUGCUGGAGGGCCAAAAUAUACUUGUAACAAUAAGCGGACGAAAGCGGCGGAUACGUGUAUACUAUUUGUCGUGGCUCAAACAGAAAAUCCUUCGAACUGAAGGUGUUAGUGGGGUUGAGCUGGAGAAACGAAAUGGCUGGGUGAAUGUGGGUGAUUUGCAAGGUGCGGUUCAUUUCAAGAUUGUACGAUAUGAGCGGAUCAAAUUCCUCGUGGUCGGCCUUGAAGGUACAAUCGAAAUUUAUGCAUGGGCUCCGAAACCCUAUCAUAAAUUUAUGGCUUUCAAGGUACUUUUUAUUUUUUAUUUUUUGCAUGGAAAUAAUUCGGCACUGGGAAUCCUACUGCUAUUUGUGCAUGAUACAGUAAGAAUGUCUAAGACGUAUAUAUACAUAUAUGUGUGUAUGUUUGUGUGUGUGUUUGUGAGUGUGUGUGUGUGUGUGUGUGUGUGUGUGACAAUGUACUGA